ACAGUGCCGGCAGCCACUGGACUUUUGUUGAAGAAGUAAGAUGAUGAAUUCGAAGAUGGAGAAGAAGAGGAAAAGCAACAUAAAUUCGGAGCUUCCACUCCAACCUGAGUUGAUAAAGCUAAUAUUGUUGAAACUUCCCUCCGGGAAUUUGCCCAGUUGUCGGCUCGUGUGUAAAGUAUGGAACAAUCUCGUCUUAACUUCUACAGUUGAGGCACUUAUUUGUGCACAAAAUUGGCUACGCUCAAAUGCUAUUACUAUUGACCUUCGACCGCAUUUGGAAGAAGUUUGUCGCGUUGAAGAAGAUUUCAACAAAUUUACAUUAGAUGAAGCAACAAAUAAUAACAUGGACAAGACUACGAGAGAAAAUGAUAAUGUUUCAUGA